AUGGUGGUGACAGCCGUUUUAUGCUAUCGAUCUGGGGCACAGCUCGUGCGGGCGGUGGAGGCGCCAUUCUUGCAGAUUUUACGAUCCGUCGGGGGAUUUCUGACCGUCGUCUUCGUCUUCGUCAUGCAGCCCUUGUCACUGCUUAACAGUGCCGGCAACUUUCUAACCGUGGUCGGCAGCUUCAAUAUCUUCCUCGGUCCGCUCAAGGGAAUCAUGUUUGCCGAUGACUUCCUCAUCCGCAAGCGGACCAUGGAGCUUACCGGCCUGUAA